ACCAAAAACCGCGUAUCCACUUCAAUGCUCGAGCUAGCUUUACAAGUUUUUCAACACACCCGAAGUCUCAGAAACAGACAAAACUACUUCUCCAAUCCUUUGCUGCUCUUCCUCUUCUUCUUCUACUUCCUUAUCCUUUUAUUUUUCUUGUUGUAUUAGGCAACAGAAAUGGCGAUAAUUACCGUACUGUUAUUAGCAGUUCUGUUUAUUGCUGGUCUCGUUAAUAUACUCUUUCGUUUUCCCACCAAGAAAUUCUAUGCAUCGCUGAAAUAUGUUCCAGCAAACAAAUCUUCAUCUAAUAUUUCCACCACUUCCCCACCAACCUCCCACAAAGAGAGGAGUCCCCACAAUAAGGCUGAGCUCAAGAAGAUCUUCGCCACCUUCGACAAGAACGGUGAUGGGUUCAUAACAAAGCAGGAGAUGAGGGAGUCGCUGAAGAACAUCAAAAUGGUCGUGACAGAUAAAGAGGUUGAAGAAAUGGUCGUGAAAGUGGAUGCUAAUGGAGAUGGGUUGAUUGAAUUUGAUGAGUUCUGCGUGCUGUGUGAGUCCAUGGUUAGUGAAGAGAGAGCAGCUGGGAAUUAUGAUGAGGGAGAUGGGGCAAAAGGUGUUGAAAGUAGUGAAGGUACUGGAGAUGAGGAGGACGAUUUAAAGGAGGCUUUUGAUGUGUUCGAUAAAGACAGAGAUGGCUUGAUUACGGUAGAGGAGCUGGGUUUGGUGCUGUGUUCUUUGGGGUUAAAAGAAGGGAAGAAGAAGGAGGAUUGCAAGGAGAUGAUUAGAAACGUUGAUAUGGAUGGGGAUGGUAUGGUUAAUUUUGAUGAGUUUAAGAAGAUGAUGAAAGGUGGAGGCAGGCUUCUCUUAGCCUCCUAAGUAGUUCGAACUGAAAACAAGGUGACAAUUUCAUUUUCCAAUCAAUUGCUUGAGAAGAUGUUCGUUUGAUCAGCUGCCUCACAUGAUGGAGAAGAAAGUCUUCUAUGACUAUGUAGAGACCUUCAAGUAUGUAAUUUCCCAAUACUUUGACCAAAAACAGUAUGUAAUAUUAGUAUUUCUUUUCUCCUUUUUCCGUUUCAAAGAUCUAGCUAAAUCUAUAAAACAGGGUCAAAUCUAUCAGCCUCGAUGAUAAUAUCAUA